AUGGUCCGUUUAGCGUUGCGGCCACUGUUUGUAAUUUUUAUAAUUACGAUAUCAUGGAUAUCGAAUGUUAAAGCAAACAUCGAAUCACUGAAUAGUAUAUUUGACCAACAAUGUUCAGGGAUGUUUGCAAAAUCGGCGAUUCCUGGAGGUUCCGAUCCAAAAAUUGAAGUUACAUACUCCAAGGAAUCACCGUCGGAUGCGGCCGUAAUUGUCUACGAAUGGGCCGAUAAUAAUAACUUUGGAGUUGAUGUUGAUGAAGGAAAAAAGUAUAUUUGCGAUGACACGGCCAUAAAACAAAACUUAUGUUCAGAAUCCGAACUCGGAAAAUUUAUUGUGUCAAAGGGUCAAACUAGCAUUCUUACUAGCACAUUUAAAGUCGCCGGUAAAGAUCAGAGCAUUUCGUAUCCUGUCAAUAAAACUGGUUAUUACUGUGUUGCGGCUCUAUCAUUAUUGAAAGGUGGAGAUUUCCUUGUGGUCAUUGAUUGGCGUAAUCCAUACGGGGAAUUGCCAGCUGCUGAUUAUCCAAAAUUACCAUUUUACGGACUUUUGUCAUUGACAUACUUGGCCAUCGGGAUUGUGUGGAUGACGCUCAGUAUUGUGCACUGGCGUGAUAUUUUACAAGUUCAGAAUUACAUCUCGGCAGUAAUUCUAUUUCUCAUGUUGGAAAUGGCCUUCAAUUGGGGAUACUGGGAGAAUUACAAUACUUAUGGUUACUCAUCAAAAUUUCUACUCGGGCUGGUGGCGGUCCUAAAUGCCGGAAGAAAUUCGAUUUCUUUCUUUAUGCUAUUAAUCGUUUGCAUGGGUUAUGGGGUGGUCAAACCUACCCUUGGAAGUACCAUGAAUAAAUGCCGUGCCUUAGCCGCGGCUCAUUUCAUCUUUGGUAUUAUUUAUGCGGCAGGGACGAUGCUCAUUAAUCCCGACACUGCCAGUCCCCUUAUAUUCCUGGUCAUUUUUCCCUUGGCCUUCACGAUGACAGCAUUUUAUGUAUGGACUCUUCAGUCCAUCACCACAACCCUACAAACUCUUGAAAUCCGCCGUCAAAAUGUCAAGUCACUGAUGUACAAAAGGCUUUAUCGAUUGUUGGUUUUUUCGGUGUCCGUUCUUGGUAUUUUCUUCUUCAUCAAUAUGUUCAACUACAUUCAUCGUGAAGACGCCGACUGGAUACCAAAGUAUUGGCAAUGGAGGUGGUUCCUAUUAGAUGGAUGGUUAAAUAUCCUAUACCUGAUUGUAUUCUCCGUGAUUCUCGUUAUCUGGAGGCCAACUCGUAAUAAUAAGAGAUAUCCUUUUCCUUCCAACGAUUCUUUUUAUUCUGAAACCUAA